AUGGAGAACGAAAUGUCAGGAAAACUUGCUGACGAUGAAGGUGACAAAGAAGCGCGUUUUGAUCAGUCAAGUAGCCCUGCUUUUCUUGGAAGCUCUUGCUAUGCUAAUUUAGGUAACUUUCGUCUCAUCGAAGCUCAAUCAUCGAUCGGUCUUUCAAUCCAUCGUAUCAACACAAGCAGGCCUGAUGCCCGCACAGUAACAACUCCGCUCAAAUGCAUCAUCAAACUGUGGUAUAAUGCUGUUGUUAUUCCUCAAUCAAAGCCAAAGCCAAAAAAAAAGAGACGGGUAGUUAAAAAAUUUGAGCCUGCCUGCCUCGCCACAAACUCUGGUGCCAGCCGAGCUCGUAGUCAGUCGCCUGCCAAUGCCAUCCAUGCAAAUCAUCAUUAUGUCGUCGCCGCGUCCUGUUCUGAAGUAUGCCUGAUACCGUCAUAACCAGCCCAAGGAAGUUUUGUUGUACUGCUGUCGAUUAAGCGAGAGUGAUGUCUCUAUCCUUGUUCAUGAAAGGAAAUUGAAAAGUGUCCAGUUGAAAGCAAAGAACUUUUAGUAGCCGUUAACAGCGAUGGUUGGUGGUGCUGGUCGGCUGAGAGUGGUGGGCAAGAAGCGGGAGAAGAUGUUGGUUUUCUGCUUCUUGGCUGGUUGGAGGUCGGUCUGGUCAAGUGGCAGGCUGUGGGUCAUGAUUGGUGCAGGCUGCAUUCGCUGGCUGCAGUAUGUCGUAGGCUCUUCGGUGAUGGGCACUGCAUAAGAUGAAAUGAUGCUGGAUGGCGAGGAUGAUGAGGCAUAUGAGUCGGCUGAGGAUUGUGAGGCUGAGGAUCCGCUUCGGGUUGGUGGAGAAAGCGAGGGCGUUCUUGAUACCGCUCUUGAUGAGGAGUUCGAUGAGGUUGAGUAGUACAUGGGUUGCUGAUAUGUGUAGGCACCCAUUGAGCGAGGUGAGUCGUAAUAUCUGGUUGCCUCCAUUGCUGCCCGACGUUGUUGUUGGGCCGCGAAAGCCAUCUGACGCUGCUCGAGAGCUGCCAUUUCCUCCCGAAUUCUCUGCUUCUCUGCCUGACGAAGCUGGAAUGUUCGGACAGGAGCAAGGAAAGGCUCAAGAUGAGUGUACAGAUCUUGUUCCGUCACUCUGAGCUCCCAGUCUAGGAGGCUAAGGAGCUGCUUCUCCAUAAGGUUGACUUCGGUCAGGCUGAAGCCGAAGCUGUCAAAGCCAUGAACAGAAGUGUAUCGUGCCCAGUGCUUGUUCUUUGGUGACGAAUCGUUCAAGUUCUUUGCAGCAAGAAUAAGCGAUGCCAAGAAGAUUCGAUGAGCUGUACAUCUCAUGCCCUUGGCAACUGGAGGCAGACGUGAUUGCAGCCUGCCAAGAUAGACCAAAGACGUCAUGAGAGUAGGCACCUGGACGUGUGAUCUCUCGACCAGAGCGGUGAUGAAAAGCUCCAAUCGUGGUAGUUGCGGCUCAAAGUAGGCGCUACCAGACG